AUGGAGUCUCCGUUUAAACCCGAGGUGCUCAAAGGCAAGGUGGCUCUCAUCACCGGCGGCGGAUCCGGCAUCGGUUUCGAGAUCUCUUCUCAGUUCGGCAAACAUGGAGCUUCCAUCGCCAUCAUGGGUCGCCGGAAACAAGUCCUCGACGACGCCGUCUCCGCUCUCCGAUCUCUCGGAAUUUCGGCAAUUGGAUUGGAAGGUGAUGUUCGUAAGCAAGAGGAUGCGAAAAGAGUCGUGGAAUCGACUUUUCAGCAUUUCGGAAGGAUUGAUAUUCUCGUUAACUCCGCCGCCGGAAAUUUCCUCGCUUCAGCUGAGGAUUUGACUCCCAACGGAUUCCGAACAGUUAUGGACAUUGAUGCAGUGGGAACAUUCACCAUGUGCCACGCAGCGCUCAAGUAUCUUAAGAAAGGAGGACCUGGGAGAGACUCAUCAUCAAGCGGCGGUUCGAUUCUCAACAUUAGUGCUACUUUGCAUUACACAGCUUCUUGGUACCAAAUACACGUCUCUGCAGCCAAGGCAGCGGUUGAUGCUACAACUAGAAACUUGGCAUUGGAGUGGGGGACUGAUUACGAUAUUAGAGUGAACGGGAUUGCACCAGGCCCGAUUGCAGGUACGCCUGGAAUGAGUAAACUUGUACCUGAGGAGAUUGAAAGCAAAGCCAGAGAGUACAUGCCUCUCUAUAAACUCGGAGAGAAGUGGGAUAUCGCCAUGGCUGCACUCUACUUGAGCUGUGAUUCUGGGAAAUUUGUGAAUGGACUGACAAUGGCGGUAGAUAGAGGACUGUGGCUUAGCAAACCUCGCCAUUUGCCUAAAGAAGCUGUAAAGGAACUCUCUCGUGUGGUCGAGAAGAGGUCCAGAGCCAAGCCUGUUGCUAUGGCUUCCACCGCCGCAAGUUCCACCUUUUCACUCCUUAAGUCAACCGGCGUCGUCGCUUCCUCCGCCGCUACUCGCGCACGCGCCUCCCUUCUGCCCGUUCCCUUCAAAUCUGUUUCCGCGCGUCCUCUCGGCUUCUCCGCCGUCGUCGACUCCCGUUUCUCUGUGCAUGUCGCCUCCAAGGUACAGUCGGUGCGCGGGAAAGGGACCAGGGGAGUUGUAUCCAUGGCGAAGAAGAGCGUCGGAGAUCUGACAUCCGCUGAUUUGAAAGGGAAGAAGGUUUUCGUGAGAGCUGAUCUCAAUGUACCUCUCGAUGACAAUCAGACCAUCACUGACGAUACCAGAAUCCGCGCCGCCAUUCCAACCAUCAAGUAUUUGAUCGACAAUGGCGCUAAAGUCAUCCUCUCCACUCAUCUGGGAAGGCCAAAAGGAGUCACACCAAAGUUCAGUUUGGCUCCUCUUGUCCCUAGGCUUUCAGAGCUUCUUGGUAUUGAGGUCAAGAAAGCUGACGACUGUAUCGGUCCGGAGGUGGAGAGCUUAGUGGCUGCUCUUCCAGAAGGUGGAGUUCUGCUUCUUGAGAAUGUGAGAUUUUACAAGGAGGAAGAGAAGAACGAUCCUGAGUUUGCUAAGAAGCUUGCUGCGCUAGCUGAUCUCUAUGUCAACGAUGCUUUCGGAACUGCUCACAGAGCCCACGCUUCUACCGAGGGAGUCACAAAGUUCUUGAAGCCUUCAGUUGCUGGUUUCCUCUUGCAAAAGGAGCUAGACUACCUUGUUGGCGCUGUUUCAAACCCAAAGAGACCAUUUGCAGCCAUCGUUGGUGGUUCCAAGGUCUCGUCCAAGAUUGGAGUUAUUGAGUCACUUCUUGAGAAGUGUGAUAUCCUUCUUCUUGGUGGUGGAAUGAUCUUUACAUUUUACAAGGCACAAGGUCUUUCAGUUGGCUCGUCCCUUGUUGAAGAAGACAAACUUGAAUUGGCGACAGAGCUCCUUGCCAAAGCUAAGGCCAAGGGAGUCUCUCUUUUGUUGCCAACGGAUGUUGUGGUUGCUGACAAGUUCGCUCCUGAUGCCAACAGCAAGAUUGUGCCUGCAUCAGGCAUUGAGGACGGAUGGAUGGGACUGGAUAUUGGUCCAGACUCUAUCAAAACUUUCAACGAAGCUCUGGACACAACACAGACAGUCAUUUGGAACGGACCUAUGGGAGUUUUCGAGAUGGAAAAGUUUGCGGCUGGAACAGAGGCGAUUGCGAACAAACUAGCAGAGCUAAGUGAGAAAGGAGUGACAACGAUAAUAGGAGGAGGAGACUCAGUGGCUGCAGUGGAGAAAGUAGGAGUUGCAGGAGUCAUGAGUCACAUCUCCACCGGUGGUGGAGCCAGCUUGGAGCUCUUGGAAGGCAAAGUACUUCCCGGUGUGAUCGCCCUUGACGAAGCUGUCCCAGUCACCGUUUAG